GCUCCUCUCACUGCUCACACUGAGCUGCCACUGCUACUGUUAGUACUACUGCCGCUACUGCUACUUGGGGGACUGGCAGUGCCACACACUGGGUGCUCUCUAUUAUCGGGCAACAGCAGCAGCAGCAUCUCUUCUCCUGUACUCCAUGCAAACAAUAGAGAGUACAUCAUUGGCUGCUGCCCUUGCUCGCCGCUGUGCCAUGGGUUAGGGAGAGAGAGCAGUCCGGGAUUGCCGGGGAGGAACUGGAGGGGGCAGCGCUACUAUCCCUGGCAAUGGGCUGCGGCCGGUGAUCUCUCCUGCCUGGCUGGCUGGCUGGCUGCUGUGGGAUAAGAGCAAGAGCCGCGCCAGCCCUGGGGGAGCCGUGAGGGAGAGAUGAUCGCGGAGUUGCUGAGCAGCGCCCUGGGGCUCGUCCUGUAUCUCAACACCCUGGGCGCUGACUUUUGCUACGAUGACAGCCGGGCUAUCAAGACUAAUCAGGAUCUUCUGCCAGAAACGCCAUGGAACCACAUCUUUUUUAAUGACUUUUGGGGCACCUUGCUUACUCACAGUGGGAGCCAUAAAUCCUAUCGUCCAUUAUGCACACUGUCAUUUCGCCUUAACUACUUACUUGGAGGUCUGGAUCCCUGGAGCUAUCAUCUAGUCAAUAUAUUAUUGCAUUCUGCAGUCACAGGCCUCUUCACCAACCUGUGCAAAGCACUUUUUGGAAGUGGAUGCUGGACCCUUAUAGCAGGGCUUUUGUUUGCAUCUCACCCAAUACAUACAGAAGCAGUUGCUGGCAUUGUUGGAAGGGCUGAUGUGGGUGCAGGACUCUUUUUUCUACUCUCCUUACUGUGCUACAUGAAACAUUGCUCAACCCGAGGGUACUCACUCAGCAGCUGGUGCUGGAUUCUUUGUGCUGGAUUUUGGGCAGCUUGUAGCAUGCUGUGGAAGGAGCAGGGAGUCACGGUUUUAGCAGUUUCUGCUGUCUAUGAUAUAUUUGUGUUCCAUAAAUUAAAGAUGAAUCAAAUAAUUUCUGUUGUCUUUAAGAGGAAGAACGUGUCUUUCUUCUUCAGCGUUGGACUGCUGUUUGCCUGGGGUGUUGUUCUAUUGGGCGUUCGUUUCUACUGGAUGGGAAACACACCGCCAAGCUUUUCAAACUCUGACAACCCAGCGGCAGACUGUGAAGUUCUACUCACACGUACUCUGACCUUCUUUUACUUGCCAACCAAAAACUUGUGGCUGCUUUUUUGUCCAGAUACUCUCAGCUUUGAUUGGUCUAUGGAUGCUGUGCCUCUGAUUAAAACCAUAAUUGACUGGAGGAAUAUACACACUGUGGCCUUCUAUAUUUUACUUAUCCUACUUGCCUACUCAAGUCUGAAGGGUUCUGCAAUGAAGAGAGACUGCAACGGGAAAUUAUUCAUGAAUGGCAAGCAUAAUACUAAUGGACAUAGCUGUCAAUCAGAUUUAGAACACAAAAAUGCAGAGCAGAAGCCUGUGAUUGCCUCAAAACUUGAAAAUGGCAUAAAACAUCAUAUCAGUCAUGAAAUGCAACUUCCUUCCACAAAAAACAUUGUUGUUUUAGCUUUAUCUUUGUUAAUAGUACCCUUUGUGCCAGCCAGUAAUCUAUUUUUCUAUGUUGGCUUUGUUAUUGCAGAGCGUGUUCUAUAUAUACCCAGUAUGGGUUUUUGUUUACUUGUAACAGUGGGUGCAAGAGCCCUUUAUAUCAAGGCCCAAAAAAAUUUUCUGAAAAGCCUCCUUUUUUAUGCAACCACUGCUUUAAUUGUUUUUUAUGGCCUCAAGACUGUUGUCAGAAACGGGGACUGGAAGAAUGAAGAAAUGUUGUAUCGAUCUGGAAUUAAAGUGAAUCCAGCAAAAGCAUGGGGAAAUCUUGGGAAUGUUCUCAAGAGCCAGAGCAAGCUUGAUGAAGCUGAAAAUGCCUAUAGGAAUGCCUUGUACUAUCGUAGCAACAUGGCGGAUAUGUUGUAUAAUUUAGGCUUAUUGCUCCAAGAAAACAGCAAGUUUUCAGAGGCUCUGCAUUACUACAAGUUAGCAAUUGGUAGCAGACCUACCCUAGCAUCAGGAUAUUUGAACACAGGUAUUAUUUUAAUGAAUCAGGGAAGAACAGAAGAGGCUAGACGAACUUUCCUAAAGUGCUCUGAAAUCCCAGAUGAAAAUUUAAAAGAUCCAAAUGCCCAUAAGAGCUCUGUGACCAGCUGCCUUUAUAACUUAGGAAAACUGUACCAUGAGCAAGGACAGUAUGAGGAUGCCCUGAUUGUGUAUAAAGAAGCAAUACAGAAGAUGCCAAGGCAGUUUUCACCCCAAAGCUUAUACAACAUGAUGGGGGAAGCUUACAUGAGAUUGAACCUGGUCUCUGAAGCGGAACACUGGUAUACUGAGUCACUGAAAUCAAAGCCUGACCACAUCCCAGCACAUCUUACUUAUGGCAAGUUGCUCACACUAACGGGUAGAAAGAAUGAAGCUGAACGAUACUUCCUGAAGGCAAUUCAGCUGGAUCCCAACAAAGGCAACUGUUAUAUGCAUUAUGGACAAUUUCUACUAGAAGAAGGACGCCUUUUAGAAGCUGCAGAAAUGGCAAAGAAAGCAGCGGAACUUGACAACUCUGAAUUUGAUGUUGUAUUUAAUGCAGCUCAUAUGCUCAGGCAAGCAAGUCUCAACGAAGCAGCAGAGAAAUACUACAAAUUGGCAGCAGGUUUGAGACCAAACUACCCUGCUGCCUUAAUGAAUCUUGGGGCCAUUCUUCAUCUCAAUGGCAAAUUAGAAGAGGCAGAAUCCAACUACCUCCGUGCUCUGCAGCUUAAACCAGAUGAUGCAAUCACACAGUCAAACCUCCGCAAGUUAUGGAAUAUCAUGGAAAAACAAGGCCUCAAGACUUCGAAAACGUGACAUGAAACAGCUAGAGACUUUUGACUGACUGAUAGAUUAUGAAAUUAGACAUGCAGGAAUCAGAAAGUUAACAGCUGCAAGCUAUGUUUCCUAUAUGUGUCUGGAGAGUGUAAUUGCUGCUAUGAGAGUACUCUGCUUUUUUGGCAUAGUAGUUAUUCAAUGUUAAAAAGGGAAAUGAUAAAGGGGAUAUAAAAUCUCCGCAAGGGACUAGGAAGUGCUUGCAUUAGCCCAGAUAAAGAAAGGCACUUAAAGCAAGGUCUGUCUGUACACAGCACAACUGUACUGGAUGUGCAUAAAUUUUGAGCAGACUGAAAUAGGAGUCUCUAAAACUCUAAACGAGGUAUAAUGGAUUAGAUGGCUUCCUAACUAUUGCUAAAUGCAAUUCAUUUGUAUAAACUGGGUGGACUGGAAAGCAAACCAAUCUGUCGCCCAAGGGUAUGAGCUACACAACACAGUCUGUCAAAUCAAAGGUUUUAAAGUUAAAGUACUAGAUUUAAGAACCUGUCAAAAUGUCAUUUAUUUCGGAAAUCCAUGCAUUCAGAUGUUUUUAAAACAGUUCCCGGGCCAGUGCUAUUAAAGAUUGUGGCAUUAAAAAUACUGAAAUCACUAUGAAAUAGGAAAAGGUAAAUAAAAUUAAAUGAGUGGUGUGCUGCUGGGGGUACCAGAGAUUUAGGUGACUUGUAUACCAUGUAAUAGUAUCGUUCUUCAACCUUGGCUUAUUAUUGAAGCUUUAACUUCAGGAUCUGUUUGUAAAAAAGAAAAACAUGUUUAACAAGUUUAAAAGCACAUCCUGUUUAAUCCUAAUCUAUAAAUACAGAAAUAUUGACAGUGCAGUGAUUUUACUGAUGGGUUAUUUCUGCAGCUGCUUGGUUCAUUGGCCUAAACAGUUGUGGCUCAGUUGUGUAUUUCCCUUAGCUGUAAAUCUGUGCAAAAGUAGAAUUUAUCAUGUCCUCAUAUGCAGUAAAGGAUCACUUCCCCUGAGUGCACCCAGCAACACAACUAUUACACUCUGGUAGAACAGUGUUUGGUUGAUUUUACAUAAGGGGGGGGGGGCACAUAAAGGCAGCUUUCAUCCUUUCCCCACCUGUGAUAAAACUCAACAUCCCUUCUUAGUUUGGAAGAACUUUAAAAGCCAAAUUUACUUUUUGAAUAUCAUUUUUGCAAGGGACUGUAAGUACUGAAAAAAUAUAAACCUAUAAAUACUUGCUCUAUUAAAGAAUGCAAGAAAAAAACAUAUAUGAUGCCAGUGAGUCCAAGGUAUGAACUUCUAUAUUUAUCAGAGCUGUCAGCUGCCCACCCCCCAACACCUAUAUUUUCACAAGUUACCUGAUUUUGGUCCCUCUCCCCUGCUCUCCUGCCACCCUAUAGCAUUCUCACUAUUUUUCUGACAACUCCCAAAGUUCUCCAAUGAACAAGACACAUUUAUUAUAACAAUCCACUUUGUUGCUCUAUCCUAUCUACUACUUUUGUGCACUGGUAAAACUAUGGGAGCAAUACAUCAUAUUUCUUAUUAACCACUCUGUAGUUGAAUUUGUGUCUGGUUACCUCAGGUAUGUCAGCCAGCAGCACGUAGGUUCUGGUGCUAUGCACAGUAGUACAAAGUGAAUAAAGAAUAAUACUGAAGUGGCUUAUCUACCUGUCUCGAGACAGUAACUCUAUAGUGUGCAUGCCUCUGAACUUAUACCAGGUCCAUAGUUUGCUUAUAUAGCAUCAUUCAGCAACAUCUGAAGUUGGUGGUUGUGUUUUAUGUUAAAUUAUCUCUUAAAGGGAAAUAUGGCCAGUUUAUGAAAGCUAAAGUAUGAUCACAUAGCUUUUAUUUGUACAGAAAAUUUAUUCUCUGGAUAUUUAGUUAUGUACAGUGCAUGUGACUUAGAGCUUCUGUUGCCUCUCCCUGUGCAGAGAGGUUUCCCUAGACGUUUCUGCACUUGCAUCCCUAGUGCCCAUAAAUCCAUGGUUGCAGUCUGUUUCUCUUCCAGGGUAACACUAUAUCAAAUACAAAUCAGCUUACCAUCAUAAUCAAGUACCAAGUCAUUUUAAAGUAAUCUUUUUACCAUAGUACUGUACAUUUUCAUAUGUCAAGCCUUCUCUCGUAUAUUCACUUUAAGCUAUAAUAUUGUCCACUUCAUGCCCGAAAAAUGGAAAUUUACACCUACUAAAAUUUGAUAUACCAAACUGCAAGCUAAUAGUCUUAAUAAUAUGCUUUUAUUAAGGGCAUUUUUGUUUUGGUGCAUAGGUCAUCUGCUGAUGGCCAUGGAUAAAAAUUAUAUUUCUCUUUCCCUAGAAGGAUCCAUCAAGCUAAUUAUAUUUCCCCUUUUUUGCUGUUUGGUAAAUAUUCACUAAAACAUUUUCUUGUUCAGUUAUUUUUGGAGGCCAUUAAAUAUGUUUAUAUGAAAAGAAUUAUAUUGUACAGGAUAUGAAUCCUGGAGGGGGGCAGAUCUGUUUACUUGCCUGGCCUUUGCUGCAUUCAUCUAUUAACAGUGCCCCAAAAACAUCACUCCUCCUUUUUGCAUUUUGUAGUAUUUUGAAACUGUUGAACUAAUGGCAUUCUAUUGCAACGUAGAAUCUGCUCACAAUAAUACCUUUGUAGAAGCUAUAGUAACACUUGCAACCAAAUAUUAUGCUGAGUUCUCAGUAACACCAGUAGAAAAUUAGAAUGGGGAAAAAGAAACUUGAUGCCCCUUUUAUGUAGCAAAUACAAUCUGGAUCCUUAUAAAGGCAUGAUUUUUUUUUUGCCCUUAUUUAGUUUAGAAGUUUUUUCUCAUGGAAAGUUUACUGUAUAUAAUCCAUAAACAAUUGAUAUUAUGGGGCACUGUGUUCAAGAUAUAAAAUAUAAUAUUACAUAGUAGACCAAGGUUGUAAAUAAUAUCUGAACUUUAGUAACUAAUCUUUGCUGCAGCAACAAAUACCGUGAAUGAUAGUCGAUCGUUGGUACUACCGAUUUUGCCAGCCUACAUUUCCCAGCAUCCCUUCAUCAACUGAUAUGGUGAAAGGAUCACGGUUUUGCAUCAAAAUCUGAACUUUUACAAGUUUGCAAGUAAAGUAAAUUCAAAUUUAGCAGUUUUGCUAUAAAGUAAUACACAGUGGGAAUCAUCGCACAAUUUCAGUCUAUGCCAACAGCUGUGGCUAAAGCCGCUGUUGGGAGCCGCGGCAAUGGAACAGCACUCAAAUCACACUGAAAUCAGAUUUGUUCCAACGAUAAUGUUACUUAAGCUUCAAAAAUUCCAUCCAGUAGAAAUUUUAGUUGUACUGACUUACAAACCUAGCCAGUGAGGAUUAGCCUUAGGACUUAAAGCAACUCAUGCAGAUAGGUAUUUAUUUAUUCUUUAGUACUUUUCCUUAUCCUUUCUUUUCCUGUGGAGUACAGUUUAGUUUUUGUGUUGCCAUCUGCAACUAUUACACUUUGUGUUCCUGCUAUUGAGAAAUGUUCACAGCCUGAAGGAAAUGCAAUAAGCAACUCCAGACACUAGAUGAGGCAAACUGGUAUGUGUAUCCCUGGCAAUUUCAUUUUGCAUUUGUCAUAAAACAUUUUGUUUUAAAUUAAAUAAUACAUACUGUAUAUAUUCCUGUCUGUCAGAUCCCAUUCUGCUUUAAGCUAUUUGGUGCUUCAGUAGUGAGAGUGAUUUCUUAGGAUUAUUUGACUUAGCUGCAAGCUUGCCCUGCUUUCUUUUGAAUGAAUAAUUAUUGCUAUUUUAUCACUAUGUGAUAUUUAAAGCCAGUAUUUUUUAGAGAUUUAUUUUCUAGUAAUGUAGAGAAACUGAAAUAUUAACUCCUAGAAUUGUUUAAAUUGCUUUUAUUUUUUUAUGUUAAAUAAGAAAGAGACAAGAUUUCCUAUUCACCAGUUUGUUUCUGCAUGUUGCUUUUCUGAGAAGAUAUUUGCACUAAAGUUUGGGCUAGUGUCUGUUUAUUUAGAUAACCUAAACCCCCUUUAAAACAAUUGAUGAUAUUUCCUAAAGGUACAAAUGGAGCAAACCUUAUUGAGCAACACAUGUGGUCACACCAGUUUCCCCAACUGGAAUAAAUGGUGGCCCGGGUGCAUUAAAGUCUGUUACAUCUGUGUGUUAGCCUCUGUCCUCCAAAGCCUAUAAGACAAAAAAAUAAGAACUAAUGGCUCUAUGGUGCUAUUGCACUCUAAAAUACUUUUUUCAGACACUCUUUUUGUAUCCAACAGCUACCCUAAAAGUUCAUUGUGCUGCCUUUAGGAAUGGGGCAUCAAAUGCUGGGUAUUGCAAACAACCCUAUUCUGUAGAAUAUUUGUUGUGCAUUUAUAAUACUAUUUGGAUAAGAUAAUUGCCCUGAUUAUUUCAUUACAGUAAAGGUGUAUAGUGUCCUCUGCUUUAUGCCAUAUUUGGAACUUCAUUAUUUUUUUAUACAGGUAUAGGAUCUAUUAUCUGGAAUGCUUGGGACCUGGGGUUUUUCAGAUAAAGGGAUCUUUCUGUCAUUUGAAUUACUAUACCUUUAGUCUGCUAAAAAAAAAAAAAAA